AUGCGCCCUGAAGAUGCCCGGGGUCCGUGCUGGGCCAGAUAUUUGGCGCAGCUAAUGUGGGAAGGUGAGGAACUUUAUCUGCAGCUGGACAGCCACAUGCGCUUUGUGAAAGACUGGGACUUGAAGGCCCGAGAACAGCUCCUGCACUGCCGAUCUCGGUGUCUAAAGCCUGUGCUCUGCAGUUAUGGCCGUGCCUAUCCGUAUGGCCUGGCCUUCGAUGAGAUCCCAGGCUCGAUCACAGGUUGCUUGAACUGUGCGGCCUUCUUUGAUCAACACGACAUCUUGAACAUCCGAUACAGGUCCUUGGCGAAGGAUUGGCUUGAGCCCAGAGAGAGCCACUUUUGGUCGGCGCACUUCUCCUUCAGCUCGGCGAAGGUCUUGAAGGAAGUGCCCUAUGAUCCCAGCUUGCUGAUGCUCUUCUUUGGUGAAGAGAUCCUCAUGACCGUCCGGCUCUAUACCCAUGGCUGGGACCUCUUCAGCCCGGCCGGAGGUCUCGUCUUCCACCUGUGGCAGCGAGACUACAGGCGGGUCUAUGCUGAGGACUUCACCGAGCUGUAUCAGCGCCUCGCGCGCCGCGCACGCCGGCGGUUGCAAAGGCUGCUGGGUGUGAGCGGCCGUGCUCCCGCAUUCUUUGAGGAAGCGGAGGAGCAGGUGCAGCAACAGCAGCGCUGGCCGUGGCCGGGCGGAGGAGACAAAGGAGCCGAAUCUUUUGGAAGCUGGUCCGGAGAACAGACCUGCGCGGCGCAAUGUAUUGAUGUUUCGUUGGAUGUGAAGAGCAUUGUCAUUGGAAUGUUGAUGAUUUGCGUUGUCAUCAAGUGUCAUUGGAGUGUUGUCAUUGGAGUCCUUGGAGCGUCAUUGGAACCUUGUCAAGCUAGUCAUCAUUUGAGUUGUCAUUGGAGUGUUGAUGAUUUGUGCCAAGCUGGGAAGAUUGUACGUCAUGCGGAGGGGCAGAUUCUGAAAGAGGCGGUGGCCGGGCUCAGUUUCGCAGGGCGCUACUUGAGUGCCAAAGCCCUCAGAGGUGGCGCAGACACCGAGGAGGUCUUUGUGACCACGGAGGACGGCAACCAGCGUUUGAUCGAGGAUCAAUGCCAAGAGGAGAUGCGCCAGAUGCACGAGAAGCGGCAGAUGGAGCGCGGGUCAAAAAGUGGCAUCAAUCAAACGGACACCCAAGCAGUGGCGGUGGCUUCCACUUCGGUGGGGGGUGCGGAGCGCCUAGAGUCGGUGCGGAUGGAGUUGGUUUCCGCUGGCGGAGCGUGGUACCACGUGGAUCACGAGGUCAUCGACCGCAGAGAGGUGUCGGUCGGGGUUUGCGAUGAGGCGAGGGGCUUGGCGCUGGAAGUGUUGAGACCCCCGAACCCGAACCCGACCGUGUCCCAUGCCCAGUGGAACAACCAUCCCUACGGAUCCACCGCGGAGGUGGAAGAAGAGGGCCUGCGGAGGAACGUGGUGAUCCUCUUCUAUGAGUCCAACCUACAGGAAGUGGAGGACAACGAGGGUGAACCGAAAAGGGAGUUGAGGGAGGCCAUGACGGAAUUUGCUCGCAAGCUGGCGAAGGCGCGGGCGGUUGGAGAAGCUCUUCUUCGGAUCGACGAGUUGACUUCCUGGGAUCGAUUUCUGGGGCUGCAGAACGCCCGUGAAGACACGAAAGAAAAAGAGUUUCCGAGCUGGGCUCAGAGCUGGGGGGAACAGGUGGAGGAUGCUGGCUUAGUCUCUGCCAAAGUGCUGAAUUGUGGCAGGCCGGACCCGUCUCCGGAGGGGGAAAGCUUGGAGCAGAAGGUACGCUCCUUGGAGGGAGCUGAACAAAGAAGGUCCGAGAUCGGCUCGUCAACUCGGAUCGGCUUCAACAUCGGCUCCACUGCCACCGUGGCACCGUGGCACGUUAAGACUGGGCCCGACCCGGUCGGCACCGGUCAGGUGGAAACCGUGGGGAAUCGCAGGGAUCCAUCACCAACGGGAAUCGGCGAAUGGCUGCGCCUCGUCUUCGGCGCGUCUUCGCUCUUCCUGAAGGUCCCCGCACCCGAGCCCAACGAGCCAAAGGUUGACGUGGACUCUGCCAUGGACGAGUUGAAGCUUGAGCAUUGCAGCUCGCUUUGCCCGUGUGUGGCGGCGAACGCAGCCCUGCCGCCAUCUGUCUCCAAACUCGGCGUGGAGGGAGCGCCGUUGGAGCAUGAGGAGUGCGAUCCGCCUACGUCGGAGAGCUACACCACCAUCUCCUCCAACGUGCUGUUUCAGAUCUCCGUGAAAGACCACGUGAACUUCGACCAGGAGCAGCUCGAGGUCUUUUGCUCCUGGGACGCCUCCCGUGAUCACGCGCCGCCUGGCCGGGCACUACCCCCCGGACGCCCCGAACACGACCGGAACGGGCGCCACGUGCGACGCUUCAUGCGGGGGGUAGAGCGUUACCCGAGGAAAUUCCGGCAGAUUGUGGGGCGUGAGGAGGAGCUGGAGGGUUAA